GAUAUCGCUUUUCUUGUGGACUCAUCUGGAAGUAUUUCGAGUACCAACUACCGAAGAGAGAAAGCCUUUAUUAACGCAGUUGCCAAAAGCUUUGGAAUAUCCAAAGAUAAGUCUCGAGCUGCCCUAGUGCUAUUUAGCAACUCAGCGUCAACAAAGAUACGAUUUGAGGACCAUUCAAGUACAGCGUCCUUUACAGUGGCCGUCGAAGCCCUUCCUCACGAGCGAGGCUUUACUCGCAUCGACCGAGCCUUGGAGGUUGCCACUCGAGAGGUAUUCCCAAAUGCCCGAAAAGGUGUCUAUCAGAUUGCCAUGGUAAUAACAGAUGGAAAACAAACCCAAAUGGAUGAUACGAAAGAUCUUAGGGAGGUGUCCAAACCGUUGCGAAAGGCCGGAGUAAGAGUAUUGGCGCUUGGGGUUGGUUCUGGAGUCGAUGAAAAAGAGCUACGACUUAUAGUCGAGAGGGAUGAAGAUGUUUUACUUGCGAAAUCUUUUACAGAACUGAUCAGCAGAGUUGGAGCAUUGAUCGAAUCUACGUGUAAUCUAGCAGGUAAGAGCUUUUCUUACAGUAAAGAUUUCAUAUACAGGUGA